AAAGGAGCUGAAAGCGAAUCCAGUCCGUCUUUUUUCUCGCGCGCUGCAGAGUUCCUCGAAGCUCCGUGUUUUGGCCCCGAUCCGUGCUCCAAGUUAAGCUGUAGUUUCCAUGGCUGACCAUGGUUUGGUGCUGUUGGCUCUCUCUGUCUGCUCAGCCCAGGCUGUGCCGAGCUCCCUGCGGGAUCAGAGCGCUCCCCCGCCGGGACCCUACUCUCACAUCCUCCUGCUGGGACCCGGCUACAUUUCCAGCCAAGCCUGGCUUUAUUAUGUGUGUCUGCACUGCAGCCCCGCCAGCAGUCGGAUUGGGAGGCGGAGGGAAGACCAGAGUCAGGACAAAGAAAAAGGGAGAGAGGGGCUAGCGACCGCAAACAUUUCUGUUUUGAAGGAAAUUAAGAAAAGGGGAUAACAUAAAAAUAAAGUCCCCAAGGGUGAAAAUGCUGGGUGAAAAAGCGAUGCCAGUGCCACCUUCGCUGAAAUAACGGACGGGGAAGGCGGCUCGGUGCAAGUAAGAUCAGGGGGAAAAAUAAUAUAUACGUAGCCUAUAGUUUCGAUAACUGCACAGAGAACAUCGGAACGUCGGCAACAGCAACGCACAGAAAGAAAAAAGAAGAGGAAAAAACGAGUUCGUUUAAACCGAAUUAUAUAAUUGCUUAAUUAAGGUAAUCAAAUUGAGACGCGCCGGCACCCUUUCCCACGGACGAUCAGGUGUUAUCGUAUUGCUGUAAUUUUGGCACCCGCCGCUACUUGCAACUCGGAUUGUCUAUCUGUGAAGCGCUCCACAGCUAGCGACUGUUUGUUAGAGGAACAAAAGAACCGUCUCGUUACGGUCUCAGAAAUCGACAAGUUAUCCCUCUGAAUUCUACAGGUUGAGCUGUAACACCAGAAAAAAGUUGUACUGGGAGAAAUCCGGGGAUAAUUCCGCCCGAUAUCUUUUCCUCGGCUACUCUAUUCAAGUGCCACUGGACAAUACUUACAUAGACUGAAGUUGCCGCAUUGCAACAGGCAAAGAAGUAAAAAAAAAAAAAAAAAACAAGUGUUCGUCUAGGCUACAUGAUCGCAAAUUUGUGAAAAGGGGACAUCAAUUCCUAAAGGGAGAAAAAGACUACAUUAACUCGGCGAUGUCUAGACGAAAGCAGGCCAAACCGCGGUCCGUUAAAGCUGUGGAUGAAGGCGAAGUGUCAGAGUUCACAGGGAGCUGGGAGCCCCCGUCCGUACAGACAGAUGUCACUGGGACCGAUAGAGAGGCGGAGCAGAAGGAGCGGAGGGCGGGGCUAGAAGACGGUGACCAAAGUGUGACCAGUCACGAUGACAGAGUGUGCGACGAUGAUCUGGAUGAUGAGUCCAUCUUCACCUGCGACAACUGCCAGCAGGACUUCGACUGCCUGGCUGAGCUGACCGAACACCGCACCCACCACUGUCCUGCGGAUGGCGACGACGACCCGGGGCUCUCCUGGGUGGCGUCCUCCCCCUCCAGCAAAGACGUGGCGUCUCCCUCGCAGAUGCUGGGGGACGGCUGCUGCGACCUGGGCACGGGCGGCGAGGGGGAGGAGGAGGGCGGCUCGGGCCUGCCGUACCCCUGCCAGUUCUGCGACAAGUCCUUCAGCCGCCUCAGCUACCUGAAGCGCCACGAGCAGAUCCACAGCGACAAGCUGCCCUUCCGCUGCACCUUCUGCAGCCGCCUCUUCAAGCACAAGCGCAGCCGCGACCGCCACGUCAAGCUGCACACCGGCGACAAGAAGUACAGCUGCCAGGAGUGCGAGGCGGCCUUCUCCCGCAGCGACCACCUGAAGAUCCACCUGAAGACCCACAGCUCCAGCAAGCCCUUCAAGUGCAGCGUGUGCAAGCGGGGCUUCUCCUCCACCUCGUCCCUGCAGAGCCACAUGCAGGCCCACCGCAAGAACCGGGAGCACGUGGCGUCGUCGCGCGCCGAGCGGGAGCAGGGCCGGCGGGAGGGCGGGGCCGACCCCGACCAGGACCUGUACAUGUGCGACUACUGCGAGGAGACCUUCAGCCAGACGGACGAGCUGGAGAGGCACGUGCUGACGCGCCACCCGCAGCUGUCGGACCGGGCCGAGCUGCAGUGCAUCCACUGCCCCGAGAUCUUCGGCGACGAGGCCACGCUGCUGGCCCACAUCGACGGCGCCCACGCCAACCGCAAGCACAAGUGCCCCGUGUGCGCCGAGCACUUCCUGUCCGUGGAGGACGUGUACUGCCACCUGGACAGCCACCGGCAGCCCGACUCCAGCAACCACAGCGCCAGCCCGGACCCGGCGCUGGGCAGCGUGGCCUCCAUGAGCAGUGCCACGCCCGAUUCCAGCGCCUCACUGGAGAGGGGCUCCACCCCGGACUCCACCCUCAAGCCCUCGAGGGGCGGGCGCAAGCUGGGCCCCUCCUCCUCCUCCGACCGGGAUGAGGGCGGCGUCGGGUGGUCGUCGUCAGUGAAGGUGACCUACAGCUGCCCCUACUGCUCCAAGCGGGACUUCAACAGCCUGGCGGUGCUGGAGAUCCACCUGAAGACCAUCCACGCCGACAAACCUCAGCAGAGCCACACCUGUCAGCUGUGCCUGGACACCCUGCCCACGCUGUACAACCUGAACGAGCACGUCCGCAAGGCCCACCGGACCAGCGCUGGCGCGGCAGCGGCCGCCGCCGCCGCUUUCCCCCUCCUGCAGUUCAGCAACGUCACCGCCUUCCACUGCAACUACUGCCCGGAUAUGUUCGCCGACAUCAACUCCCUACAGGAACACAUCCGGGCGUCCCACUGCUUGCCGGGCGCCGUGUCGGCUCCUCUGGAGGGCAACCACGCCUUCUUUUGCAACCAGUGCUCCAUGGGGUUCCUGACGGAGUCCUCGCUGACCGAGCACAUCCAGCAGACCCACUGCUCGGGCGCCGGGACGGCGGCAAAGCUGGAGUCGCCCGUCCUGCAGCCGUCCCAGUCCUUCAUGGAGGUCUACUCCUGCCCGUACUGCACCAACUCGCCCAUCUUCGGCUCCCUGCUCAAGCUGACCAAGCAUAUCAAGGAGAACCACAAGAACAUCCCGCUGGCCAACAGCAAGAGGCAGGCCAGGGCGGCCGACCUCAGUCCCGCCUCGUCUGACAUAGAGAUCUCCUCCAGCAAGCGCCUCCGACCGUCGUCUGACACCACACCUGUGGGCGGAGUCAACGGGGAGUACCCCUGCAACCAGUGUGACUUGCGCUUCUCCAGCUUCGAGGGCUUCCAGGCCCACCUGAAGUCCCAUCUUGAGCUCCUCCUCCGCAGGCAGUCCUGCCCGCAGUGCAACAAGGAGGACUUCGACUCCCAAGAGUCCCUGCUCCAGCACCUGACGGUCCACUACACCACCACCUCCACCCAGUACGUGUGCGAGAGCUGCGACAAGCAAUUCUCCUCUGUGGACGACCUGCAGAAGCACCUGCUGGACAUGCACACCUUCGUGCUCUACCACUGCACCCUCUGCCAGGAGGUCUUCGACUCCAAGGUUUCCAUCCAGGUGCACCUGGCCGUCAAGCACAGCAACGAGAAGAAGAUGUACCGCUGCACGGCCUGCGCCUGGGACUUCCGCCGCGAGGGCGACCUGCAGCUUCACGUCAAGCACAGCCACCUGGGACACCCGGCCGGCGCCGCGGGGGCCAAGGCUCGCAAGUGCAUCUUCUGCGGGGAGUCCUUCGGGACGGAGGUGGAGCUCCAGUGCCACAUCACCACCCACAGCAAGAAGUACAACUGCCGCUUCUGCAGCAAGGCCUUCCACGCCAUCGUGCUGCUGGAGAAGCACCUGCGGGAGAAGCACUGCGCGGUGGACGGCGGGAACGGGAGCCAGAACGGGACGCCCAACGGGGUGGCUCAGGGCGGGUCCAAGAGGGGGGGCGGGGCCAGCUCGGCGGAGCAGGGGGACCUCCAGAGCGUGCUGCUGAAGGGCGGAGGCGGCGGACAGGACGCGGUCAACAGCCACGAGGCGAGCGGCGAGGACGAGGUGGACGCCUCGGAGCCCAUGUACGCCUGCGACAUCUGCGGGGCGGCCUACACCAUGGAGACGCUGCUCCAGAACCACCGGCUCCGCGACCACAACAUCCGGCCCGGCGAGGACGACGCCGGGUCCCGCAAGAAGAAGGCCGACUUCAUCAAGGGCAGCCACAAGUGCAACGUCUGCUCCCGCACCUUCUUCUCGGAGAGCGGCCUGCGGGAGCACGUGCAGACGCACCGGGGCCCGGCCAAGCACUACAUGUGCCCCAUCUGCGGCGAGCGCUUCCCCUCCCUGCUCACGCUGACCGAGCACAAGGUCACCCAUAGCAAGAGCCUGGACACCGGCACCUGCCGCAUCUGCAAGCUGCCGCUGCAGAGCGAGGAGGAGUUCAUCGAGCACUGCCAGAUGCACCCGGACCUGCGCAACUCCCUGACGGGCUUCCGCUGCGUGGUCUGCAUGCAGACGGUCACCUCCACGCUGGAGCUCAAGAUCCACGGCACCUUCCACAUGCAGAAGCUGUCGUCCUCGUCCUCCGCCACCGGGGGCGCCGGGGCGUGCGUCGCAGGCGGCGGCUCGGGCUCGGCCUCGUCCUCGCCCAACGGCCAGCUGCACCCGGCGGGCCACAAGUUCUACAAGUGCGCCCUCUGCCUCAAGGAGUUCAAGAACAAGCAGGAGCUGGUCAAGCUGGACGUCAACGGGCUGCCGUACGGGCUGUGCGCCGGCUGCAUGAGCCGCGGGGCCAACGGCCAGUCCCCGCUCGGCGGGGGAGGCUCGGCGGGCACCACGCCCCAGGAGCCCGGCGGGGAGAAGCCCGCCUCUGGACUGCGCUGCCCCGAGUGCGGGGUGAAGUUCGAGACCGUGGACGACCUGGAGACCCACGUCCAGGUGGACCACCCGGAGGUGAGCCCCGAGACCAGCGGCCCUAAGAAGAUGACGGACGCCUCCCCUGUCCCUAAAAAGAAGACGUACCAGUGCAUCAAAUGCCAAAUGACCUUUGAGACGGAGCGGGAGAUUCAGAUCCACGUCGCCAACCACAUGAUCGGAGAGCCCGCCCAGCUGCAAGAGGAAGGCAUCAAUCAUGAGUGCAAGCUGUGUAACCAGAUGUUCGACUCUCCGGCCAAGCUCCUGUGUCACCUGAUCGAGCACAGCUUCGAGGGCAUGGGGGGGACCUUCAAGUGUCCCGUCUGCUUCACAGUCUUUGUCCAGGCCAAUAAGCUGCAGCAGCACAUCUUUGCUGUCCACGGGCAGGAGGAUAAGAUCUAUGACUGCUCCCAGUGUCCUCAGAAAUUCUUCUUCCAGACGGAACUCCAGAACCACACGUUGAGUCAGCACGCUCAGUGAGAACGGGCCCGGCAGGGCUCUCGGUUCCGCCCGGCGCCGACGCCCCCCAGCGGGAGAGGACCGUUUCAGCAUCAGAGCCAAUCAAAGUGUCAUUUUCUCCUCACAUGUAAAACUCUAACAACUGGGCCACCGGGCGCAGCUAUUACAAGCAGUGGGAAACGAAUAUUAAUGGGAGGUAUUAAAAAAAGAAAAAGGAAAAAAAGACGAGAGGGAGGAGAGGAAAAGGUAUUCUCCGCGUUCAGUAUUUUUUAUCGUCCUGCUUCCAGUUGUGCGGUUUUUUUUAAACGAAAGAAGAAAAAAGAGGGAAAAAAACGCCUUCUGUCUCUGAUUUUAGUCUUUAGAAAUUCUUCUCUUCCUUGUCCUCUGUUGCUUAUUGUAUCAAACUAAUAGGUGCCAAUUUUUCCUUGUUUUUUUGUCAUUUAAAAAAAGAUCAUUUUUGAUUGUUUUGUUCUUUUGUACCUUUAAUUUCUUGCAGUAAAUAGGUACUUGUGCUGUGUUGUGAUCGCUUGCCAAUCGUAAUAUUUCCGAUUUUUUCUCCUUUUUAUUAUUAUUAUAUAUUUUCCUUUUGUAAUUACAAUAAAAAGACAAAAAAACAGAUAAAGUAAAAAAAAUGUAAUGGUUUGAUUGGAUUUUCCAGUUCACGGGACCUAAUGGUUAUUGUAAAAAUGAAUAUCAUCAAUUUCAGUGCAACUGGAUGGUGUCUGCUUUUUAAAUGUGAAUUAACCAGAAUGCAAUAACUAUUACAGUCAAAAAUAAGUGAAUAAAUAAAUGAAUAAAGGGAAUCCAUGCAUAA